AUGGAAUCCUAUCUAUGUAGACUAUAUUUUUGGUUAAGAAUAUAUAAAAAAUGGUUAUGGAAUAAUAGAGAUAUUGAUAAAAAAUCAUCCUUAGAUUCUUUUCUAACUGGAAAUUAAAACUGCUACAAUGGAACUAGUUGCAUAAGAGAUUUUGAAAUAUAUUACAGUUAGCCAGCAAUAAUAAUUCAGAAUUUUAUUUUAGGCUGUUUAGAUUAAGUUGGGGAUUAAUGUUUGUUUUGCUAAGAAGGUUGGAUUUAGGAUGAUUCACAAUAGAAUUGUCAUCCAAUUUGCGGGGAUGGAAUCAUUUAAGGAUAAGAACAAUGUGAUGAUGCAAAUCAGGUAUCAAAUAAUGGGUGUUUUUAAUGUAGAUUUUCUUGCCCAUUUUUUUGCUAAUAAUGUGAGUUUGGAAAAUGUUUAAAGUGUUAAUCAAAUUACGAAUUAAUUGAUAAUAGAUGUUAAGAAAUAAAAAAUAUUAAUGGUUUAGAACCAUUGUAUGAACUCGAAUAUUCAAUUUUUAAUUUAUUAAACUAUGGAAGUUAUUAUCACUUGUUAUUAGAAUAUUAGCCUCCUGAUCAAUAGCUAUAACCCAUGCAAAUUUCGAAUUAACAAAUAUAAAUAUAUGAGAUAUUUGAAUAUUAUUUUAAGAGAAAAACAAUAGAAAAUUGCUUCUCUAGUUUAUUUGGUCAAUGUUUGGAAUGCUAAACUUUUUAUAAACCAUCGUUAAAUAAGAAUUAGUGCAUUAUGAAAUGUAAUGAUGGAAUUGUUAUGGAGAAUGAAAUUUGUGAUGAUUAAAAUAAUAUUCAAUUUGACGGUUGCUAUAAGUGCUAAUUAAGUUGCUAAUUAGAAUGUAAUUAUUGCAUCCAAAAAUAAUGCUAUUCUUGUAUUGAUGGUUGGUAGCUGAUAGAUUACAAAUGUUAUCAAAUAUGUGGGGAUGGUUUAUUAGCCAUCUCUUCAUUAGAGUAGUGUGAUGAUGGCAAUUUUCAACCUUAUGAUGGAUGUUAUAAUUGCAAAUUCGAAUGCAAUUCAUAUUGUUUCUAAUGUGAUAGUUCAAAUACUUGUUUAUUAUGCGUAGAAAACUUUGAAUUGAAUGAAAAAAAUUAAUGUAAGCCAAUAUGUGGAGAUGGAAUUAUUAUAUAAGGAUUAGAAGAGUGUGAAGACAAAAAUGAUAUUCAAUUUGAUGGUUGUUAUUAAUGUCUCUAUUAAUGCACUUAAAAUUGUAUUAAAUGUGUAAAAGGUGUGUGCUAGGAAUGUGACAUAGGAUAUAUUUUAAUUUAAAUGGAAUGUCAAAAAGUAGUAAUCGAUGAUUUUGAUGAAAAUAAUGAAAUCGUUGUAAUCAAUGUCGAAAAAUGUGGAGAUGGAAAUUAAUCGACUUUAGAGGAAUGUGAUGAUGGAAAUUACGAUAAUGGUGAUGGAUGUUCCAGCUAAUGCAUUAUAGAAGAAAAUUGGAAUUGUAAUUAAGAUUCACCUAAUUCCUGUUUUUUAUAAACUAAAUAUUCCUUAGAAUAUUAAAAUCAAACAUUUGAACAUUAAUUUGUUUUACUAAAGUUCUCUAAUGAAGUGAAAUAAGUUUCAAAUAUAAAUUUUACUCAAUCAAUUUAACCAGAAAUAAUCAAUCUAAAUUAAAAUCAAUAUCAAAUAACAAUUAACCCUGUAGUGGAUAUUAAUUCAACUUAGUUUACUUUGGCUUUGUUCGAGUUUGAUAUUGUCAUUUUUGAAUAAAUGUCAUUAGAACCAAAUUUUUCCAUUUCCUUGCACUCAUCUUUAGUUGAUUAUAACAAUAUGCCAGUUGGUCUCCCAUCAUAAUCAUUAUUACUUAAAACACCUAAAAUUAUCAAUUAAAAUUAAAUUAAUAUUGCAAAUAAGUUCCAAAAUCUUGGAAAUAUUUUAAUUAUAGGCUUAGGAGCUAUUAGCAUACUGAUGUUAUUGUUCAAAUAACCAUUGCAAUGUUUUGAAAUAUUUGACCUUCUACAAUUUUAAUCAUAUUUGAAAUUUGUAAAUGUUAAUUACCCUUUAAAUCUAUAGAUUUAUUUUCAAUCUUCAGAAAUUGUAACAGUUAGCCCGAUUUUAAUAUACUUUAAGAUAACAGAUCGUCUUAAUAAUAUAAUUACUGAGAACUUCAUUCCAAGUAUAGGUAAGUUUUAAGAGUAUCAAAUAAAUGCUGACUUACUUAUAAAUAUUUAGAGUUAAAUCUCUUAAAUUGUCUUCAUUGGUUUUUUGUACUUAUUUUUAUAAAUUUAUCCAAGAAUCGUGAAUAAGUAUUUUUUUACAUUCAGAAAUAUUUAUUUUGUCCAGCAAGCGAAUUCUUAAUGGUUCAGUUGGCUAAUAAUUAAACUUUAUUAAAUUAAUAAAAAAAUUUUAAAUUUAAGGACUAUUUACUCUAAGAAAGGCUUUAUACAACUCUUUUACGCAAACUGUUGGGAUUUGCUUUUUAAAGUGUUUUUGUUUAUGACCUCGAAUACGGAAACAGGAUAUCGAUCAACGAUUUCAUAUAGUAUUUGUUUCUUAGUUUUGGGUUUGACAAUUAUAAUUUUAUUGUUAAACAUUAAAGGAUUGAAUGAUAACUUGAAAGUUUCAAAAAUAAGAUUUGAAUAACUUGAGGGCAUAACUUUAUUAAAAAAACUCUUAUUUAUCUUAAUAUUAAUUGAUCAAUAAAGUAGCGAUAUAAUUCAAUGCACCAUGUUAACGCUGUUGAGUUUAGGAUACAUUGGAUUCUUAUCAACAAUCAAGUAAAAUAUAGAAGGGAUAGAAUUUAUUGGAAUAAUUUGGAUGGAGGUUCCAGUAAUGCUCUUUACAUUGACAAGUUUAAUUUAUUGCUCUGAUUUUUUAAGUUUUAUGAAAUAUAAUGAGUAAAUUCUCGUAGGCUUUGUUCAAAUUGUAAUCUUGGUACUUGGUUUAUUGGGGCCUGUAAUAAAACUAGGAAUUAACGUCUACAAAGAAAUCAAAUAAUUUUAUCAGUAGAAAAAAUAUAAUCCAGUGUUUGUUCUUAAUAUAGCCAAUAUAUUGACAAUAGCAUAAGAAAAUAGGAAGAAUGUUUAAUAGUAAUAAAAAAUAUGA